AUUGACGAUCACUCAUGCUAUACGAGAGUCACAAGACAGGCUGCCUUGGUGUUCGACAAUGGCCGCGCGAUGGCACUAUGGGUCGACGUCAAGACAAAAGUGGUGUACGCUUCGCAGAGACCCCAUGUUGAUGACUGGGUCCUCAUCAGCUCGAUAAACAAACUCUUCCGCGAGCUGGGCAGACAAGCAUUUUUCCAAGGGAAUCAUUCUUUAUGGACUCUAAGCCCCCCUAGAGAUCUGAGCUGGCAGGGUACAUUUUCUCAAAGACAACAUCCUUCACUCAAUAGCGCUAGAAAAUAUAAAGGACGUGACCUUCACCUUCGAAAGAGACCACGUCACUAGUCCUGUUAUCUUCCUGGACCUACCAAAACGAAUCGAGCCAUUCCAAACCCUAAGAAGCUGUACUUGUCUGAUGGGACCGGGGGACUCGCAAGUACCAGGGCUGACUGCAGUGCCAGACAGUUGGACGAAGCGACUUGUGGACUUCGGAGUGCCCCCGGACUUGAAGUUACGAUUGAUGGUCACGAACGAGGGAACAGCGCUGCUUGGGCUUAUUGGUGUUUAUUUGGAGGUAAAAGCACGGAUACUCAAGAGAGAAGAGGAGAUGAAGAAGGAACAGGAGGAAUAUAAUGACGUUGAUG